UGGAGAGGGACCAUCCAUUGACAAUUGUGCAAGUUGGCCAAGGUUCAUCACGCUCACGAGACAUCAUGCAGGAGGAGUUAAGGGCCGCCUAUGAUGCUGAGCACGCAAGAUGGGAGGAAGGAGAUGAUGAUGAUGAUGAUGAGACACAGCCACCUUCUGCAGACGAUUUGGUCCAAGAAACCGCACCAUCCAAUGAUGGGCGUGCAGAAGAUGCAGUUCGGGAAACCCCAAUAUCCAAUAAUAUAAAUAAAAGACGUGGAAUAACGCUAAUGCAGCGAAUAUGGGCUCUUCCACCGAACAAGAAACUUGUAUGUGGGUUAAAUGGGAGCAUGCAACCGGUUGGGGAAAGCGGGCAAACAUUCAAAAGGUGGUUGGGCACCUUAUGCAUCUGCCGCAACUAUUGCCCACUUAUGCCUGCUACUUGGACGCAUGUCGACCGUAAAUGCAAAGAAGACGCCUGGGUAGAGAUAGAGAAAAAGUGGAUCAUUGACCCAGAUAUUAUCAAACCAGCAAAUCAAAUGAACUGGGCAAUGCACUUGUUAGGGGAGUUGAGAAGGAAUCGAAGGAGUAAGUUAAAAAAAAAAAUGCUACCCAAAAGAUGCGUUAAUAGAAGAUGUUUAUCUCAAAAAACCAUCUUGGGCUGACGAGCAGGACUACCGCGCACUAGUUGAC